CGCGAGGUGAACGUCGUGCGGCUGACCAUCGACCUCUAAAGACUCACAUGGUCUGAGGAAGAAGCCCUGAAGAGGAGGAAGAAGAGAGAGAAGGAGUAAGAAAUGGCUCUUUCUCAGGCCUCUCACUGCUGUGGCCUCUCCCGCCGCGGAGCACAGGCUCCGGACGCGCAGGCUCAGCGGCCAUGGCUCACGGGCCCAGCCGCUCCGCGGCAUAUGGGAUCUUCCCAGACCGGGGCACAAACCCGCGUCCCCUGCAUCGGCAGGUGGACUCCCAACCACUGCGCCACCAGGGAAGCCCAUAAUGUUCCUCUUUGCUGCGGUUAUCAUCAUCAUAAUUGGAGAUCUUGAGCUUUCUUUAUAGAGCCACUGUGGACUCUGUCGUCUCUGAAGACACCACUCAUGUUCCUCCACCUCCAGAAGGAUGAUUAUCCCUCAGUGUAUAGAACGUAAUAUCUAACACUUCCACAUGGACAACACGGUGUUGAAUUUUUAUUUGCAUAUAUUUUAUGUAUUGCCCACAAGAAUGAGAAGGGUAAAUCGAUUUGAAGGAUAUUGUAAUCUCUAUGACAAAGCAUAAGAAAUUAAAAUACACACCCAGUUAGCUUCAAAUACCUUUCCAUGGAUCUGUCAGAAUACAUACUUCAACUUAAUUGAUCUUUUAUCUCUACUCAUUUUGUAUGGAAAUAAGAACUCUCCUCACGUCCUCUUGGUGAAAUGUUUUUUUAUUUAAGGGACAGUUGACAUUGAAUGAUGUGGCCAUCGAAUUCUCUCCCGAAGAGUGGGAAUGCCUGGACCCUGCUCAGAGGGCCUUGUACAGGGACGUGAUGUUGGAGACCUACAGGAACCUGAUCUCUGUGGGUAGACCUCUAAAGAGUCCUGUUGUCUAACAAAGAAGCCGUUAAGAGAAGGAAAAGAAAAGGAGUCAGGAAUGGCUGUUUCUGAGGCUCCAGACGCGCAGGCUCAGCGGCCAUGGCUCACAGGCCCAGCUGCUCCGUGGCAUGUGGGAUCUUCCUGGACCGGAGCACGAACCCGUGUCCCCUGCAUCGGCAGGCGGACUCUCAACCACUGCGCCACCAGGGAAGCCCCGGGUCAGUUGACACUGAAUGAUGUGGUCAUCGAAUUCUCUCAGGAGGAGUGGGAAUGCCUGGACCCUGCUCAGAGGGCCUUGUACAGGGACGUGAUGUUGGAGACCUACAGAAACCUGAUCUUUGUGGAUAUCUCUCAUAUACAUGUGAUCAAGAAAUUACAACUAAAGUCAAACACCGAUAAAGGUGGAGUAUUCCAAACAUUGAUGUUGGAAAGACAUGAAAGCCAGGGAAUCAAACAUUUUUACCUCCCGGAAAUUCAGGAAAAUACGUAUGACCAUGGUUUUCAGUGGAGAGAUGAUGGAAGAAGUUACAAAAAUAUCCCCAUAUCCUGUCACCAAGAUGUCACUGGUAGAAGUCCACAUGGUGGAAGGGAUGCAAAAAACAAGCCUAUUGGAAAUAGACUUGUGUUAAGCCUUCAGGGUGAACUGCAUAUGUUUAAAAGUAAACAGAAAAUUGAUGAAUUUAAUAAAGCUGUUAAGAGUAUCAGCAGUAGUUCCUCAUUUUCACCACUUCAAGGAAUUUCGCCUCCUGUCCAAACCAACAUUUCUAACAGAUAUGGGAGUGAUUUUAUGCAUCCUUCAAUACUGACACAAGACCAGAGCCCACACAGGGAAGUACCCUACAAGUGUAAUGAGUGUGGCAAAACCUUUCAUCAGGUCUCAAAUCUCAGGAGUCAUCAGAGAAUCCAUAUAGGAAAGAAAUUGCAUAAAUGUGAUGUAUGUGACAAGGUCUUUUGCCGAAAUUCAUACCUUGUAAUUCAUCAAAGAGUUCAUACUGGAGAGAAACCUUACAAGUGUAAUGAGUGUGGAAAGGUCUUUGGUAAGAAAGCAAGUCUUGCAGUUCACCAGAGAAUUCAUACUGGAGAGAAGCCUUACAAAUGCAAUGAGUGUGGCAGAACCUUUCCUAUCGGCUCAUACCUCAAAAGACAUCAGAUAACACACAUUCAAGAGAAAUUAUAUAAAUGUGAUCUAUGUGGCAAAGUCUAUCGUCAGAAUCUAUCCCUUCAACGUCAUCAGGGAAUUCAUACUGGAGAGAAAACUUACAAAUGUAGUUUUUGUGGGAAAACCUUUCUUUGUGGCACAGACCUCAGGAAACAUGAGCUAAUCCAUCCAGGAGCAAAAGCAUAUAAAUGUGAUGUAUGUGGCAAAGUCUAUGGUCAAAAUUCAUACCUUAAAUGUCACCGGAGAAUUCAUACUGGAGAGAAACCUUACAAAUGUAAUUUGUGUGGGAAAACCUUUUUUUUUAAAACAGGCCUCAGGAAACAUGAGAUAAUCCAUACAGGAGCAAAACCAUAUAAAUGUGAUGUAUGUGGCAAAGUCUUUAAUCAAAAAUCAGUCCUUGUGAAUCAUCAGAGAAUUCAUACUGGAGAGAAACCUCACAAAUGUAAUGAGUGUGGCAAGUUCUUUCGUGAGAAGCAAACCCUUAGAAGGCAUCAACAAGUUCAUACUGGAGAGAAACCUUACAAAUGUAAUGAGUGUGGCAAGGCUUUUAGUAUGAAAGGAAACCUUGCAGCUCAUCAGAGAAUUCAUACUGAAGAAAAACCUUACAAAUGUAACAGCUGUGGCAAAGUCUUUCGUGAGAAGCCAGCUCUUAGAAGGCAUCAACGAAUUCAUACUGGAGAGAAACCUUACAAAUGUAAUGAGUGUGGCAGAGCCUUUCGUGAGAAGCCAGCCCUUAGAAGGCACCAACGAAUUCAUACUGGAGAGAAACCUUACAAGUGUAAUGAGUGUGGCAGAGCCUUUCAUGAGAAGCCAGCCCUUAGAAGGCACCAACGAAUUCAUACUGGAGAGAAACCUUACAAAUGUAAUGAGUGUGGCAAAGCCUUUAGUCAAAGUUCAACCCUAUCAAGUCAUUGGAGAUUACAUACUAGUGAGCAGUCUUACAGAUAUAAUGAGCAUGGCAAAUUCUUCAGUGUGCUUUCAAGCCUAAGUUAAUACUAUCAGGUAAUCUAUAUUGGAGAGAGAUUUUAAUAAUGUUUUGAUGUGACAAGGCUUUUAGCAGGUGUCCCCAUCUUAGGCUUUAUUAGAAAAUUCAUUAUGGAUAGAAACCAGAUAAAUGUAAUUAUUGUGUCCUGUCUUUUAAACGAGGAAUUUAUUCACCGAAGAAUUCAUUCUGGAGAUUACCUCACAAAUGUUAUGAAUGGGAGAGAAAACUUUACUCGGGGCUCACAUCUCACUAAUCAUAAGACAGUCCAUACUGAACAGAAUGUUACAGCUGUUCUCCACCUUGGGACCGUUUUAUUUUUUUUUAACGCUCCUUAAUACCUGCCUCCAUUCUUGAAUAAGCAGUAUAUGAAUGUAUUUUUUCUUGUUCUUUCAUGUGUCUAAAUAAAUGUCAUGGUGUGCACCUUGA